AUGAAAAUAAUUAUCAAAACCUUAAGUGGGUAAACUUUUGAACUUGAAGUACAGCCAACAGAUUCAGUAACUCUGAUUUUCAAAUUAGGUUCUAAAUAUCAAAGAAAAAAUUGAAAAGGUUAAAUUAUUCGAAAUCGCAUAAUAAAAACUUUUAAGAAAAGGAACUCUUUUAGUUGAUGAUUAAACUGUUGGAGAUUUGGGAAUUUAAGAGAAAGACUUUCUUGUUGUAAUGGUCAACGUGAAAGUAAUUCAUUCUAUUUUAUUGAGUAGAAAGGUCCUCCUCAACAAUAACCUGUUUAAUAAUAGGUUCAAUAGCCCCCUUAACAACCACAACAGGUUUAACCUUAGCAACCUAUUGAAGUGCCAAAACCACUAAAUAACCCAACUUCUACUAAUAUGGUUAUUGGUUCAGAGUAUGAUUAAGCCAUCCAAAAUUUGAUUUAAAUGGGAUUUGCUAAAUCUGAAUGUGAAGCAGCUAUGAAGGCUGCAUUUAAUAAUCAGAAUAGAGCUAUUGAAUACUUAUUAAAUGUAAUGAAAUAAUUUGCGAUAAAAGGGUAUACCUGUAGUUGAUCAACCUCCUCCGCAGCCAGCUUUGAAUACCAAUUAGGUAGACUAAAAUACAUUGCAAUUGUUGAGAGAAUAAUUUAUGUAAAAUCCAUAAGCAGUUCUUGAGUCACUACAAUAAUUGUAAUAAACAAACCCAUAAUUAUAUUAAGUAAAAAAUAAUUAUAUUUGAAUUAGUAAAUAUAAUAAAAUCCUGAAACUUUAAUCUAGUUGCUGAUGGGAGCUGGUUAGGGUGAAGGAGAUGAGAUCGAAACAGAAAUUACAUAAGAAGAAGAAUAACAACUCAAUUAAUUGAUGAUGAUGGGGUUCUCAAAGGAAGAUGCAUAAGAAGGAUUUUUGGCUUGUGAUAAAAAUGUAGAGACAGCAGCUUCCUAUUUAUUUGAAAAACAAGCAAGAGGGGAUUUGUUAAGUAAAAAUUAAAUACAUUUGAGGCCAACACUAUGAAAGAGAGGAGAAUAAUCCUGAAAACUAUAAUGAUGAAGGAUAUGAAGGUGAGGAAGAUGAUCAAGAUGAUGAUGAUUAAUAUUAUUGA